AUGGUCGAAAAAGAAGAGACCGUUCGUCCAGCAUUCGCCGGUCGUGAGCGCCCUCUACUCUCAUACGGGAUUGACUUCCCAGCUGCCACAGCCCGCCAUGUUUCAGAAACAUUCCAUGCCUCUCGAGUGUAUGUGAUUUGCUCAGGAUCACUGUCACGCAACACCGAUGCAUUUGACCGCCUUACAGAUGCAUUGGGCUCGGAAAAGGUUGCAGGAUGUCGUAUUGGGAUGCAGAGCCACACAUUGUGGUCGGAGGUGCUGGAGAUUGUUGACGACGCACGAAAUGUGCAGGCUGAUUUGAUUAUUACCCUCGGAGCUGGCAGCUUGACCGAUGGCGCAAAAAUAAUUGCACUGGCCCUAGCCAACCAAGUGCAUACUGCUGAGGAACUCGAAACUUUGGCCGAAGGCUCCAAUAAGCGGGCCCAAAUUCAUGCGCCAACUGUUCCUAUCAUUUCCAUUCCGACGUCACUCUCAGCCGGGGAAUAUUCCAACUUUGCGGGUGGCACAGAUGACCGCUCACGCCGCAAGUUUAGCUUCCAGGCGCCUCUCCGUGGCCCUCAGCUCAUAAUUCUUGACCCCAAACUGGCACAAACAACCCCUGAUUCUAUAUGGCUCAGUACAGGCGUGCGUGCUGUUGAUCAUUGUGUUGAGACGCUUUGCGCAAUUGUAGGCGUCACACCGGAAUCAGAUGAACUGGCUAGGCAUGCACUCAGCCUAUUGGUCCCGGGCCUACUACAGUGCAAGCAGAACCGCGCCAACGAUGAUGCUUACCUUCGGUGUCAGCUUGGCUCAGUUGAUGCGAUGGCAGCUUGUACAAGUGGAUCAGUGGAGCUUGGGGCCAGUCAUGGUAUCGGCCACCAGCUUGGUCCACUAGGUGUUGGCCAUGGUGAGACUAGCUGCAUUCUCCUGCCCGCUGUGUGUAAAUUCAAUGCUUCACAUAACGCGAACCGAGAGCGCCAAGCGAGUGUUCGUGAGUUUUUGAUUCGUGAUCCAGUUGUUUCGCAAGUGCUUCAAGCUCGCUCCUUGAGUGUAGAAAAGUCGGAUCUAGGUGAUAUCCUGGAUGCCAUCAUCCGUGAGCUUGGAAUGCCAAGAUCAUUGAGCGAUGUUCAAGUCAGCCGUGAAAAACUUGACGGACUAGCAGCGCACAGCUUACAUGAUCGCUGGUGUCAGUCGAACCCAGUGCCUCUGAGAGAGAAGUCACAGGUGCUGGAGAUCCUCGAGAUGGUUGUUUGA